AUGACCGACGGCGUAGCUCACAAUGACACUGCACAUGGAAACGACCAAGACCAAGACGAAGAAGAGUACACACCGGCCCCGGCCCGCUCCACUCGACACAACAACUCUGUGCCGCCUACACCGCAGACGGCCUCGCGCACUCGCCGCAAUCCUGGCGGCGACGACGACAUGGUCCAAGAUGCGACAUCUCCUACAAAGCCCAAGCGCCGUACUGCCAAAACCGCCCGUACUGCUCGCAAGAGUCGCGUGUCUACAUCUCUGACAUCCGACGCCGAUGCUUCCGUCAUCGCCACUCCACAGCAAUCGACUUCGCCGUCUAUGCAGCAGCUCAAGCAAUCUACGCCGCUUGCCGAUAUCACAGAAUCCUCGGUGAACGACCAGACUCCACGUGCUCGGAGCAAACCUCCACCCUCCAGCCAAGUUCACAAGGUCGAUACGAAUACAACGCUGCUGGAGAAGCCAAUGGAUAUUGUCGUGCGAACAAGAGCUGCCGCUACUAUGCCCGUUUCGCAAACUCCCGACAAGCCGAGAUCGCGUACUGUCAUUACCCACCUGGUUCUGAAGAACUUCAAGAGUUAUGCCGGCCGUCAGGAAGUCGGCCCCUUCCAUGCUUCCUUCUCAUCUGUCGUUGGUCCCAACGGCUCAGGCAAAUCAAAUGUCAUCGACUCUUUGCUCUUCGUCUUUGGUUUUCGAGCCAGCAAAAUGCGCCAGGGCAAGAUCUCUGCCCUGAUCCACAACUCGGCCGCCUAUCCCGAUCUGGACCACUGCGAGGUCGAAGUUCACUUCCAACAGGUUAUGGAUCUGCCGGCUGGUGGCCACACUGUUGUCGCCGAUUCCCAGCUGGUCAUUUCAAGACGCGCCUUCAAAAACAAUGCCAGCAAAUACUACAUCAACGGCCGAGAGUCCAACUUCACCGCUGUCACAACUCUGCUACGCGAGCGCGGUGUUGAUCUUGACCACAAGCGUUUCCUGAUCUUGCAAGGCGAGGUCGAGUCAAUUGCCCAAAUGAAGCCAAAAGCCGCCAGCGAACACGACGACGGUCUGCUGGAAUACCUCGAAGAUAUUAUCGGCACUUCCAAAUACAAGACACCCAUUGACGAAGCUGCCACCGAGACGGAGGCUCUGAACGAAGUAUGUGCCGAGAAGAAUACAAGAGUGCAGCAUGUUGAGAAGGAGAGGAACGCUCUCGAGGACAAAAAGGACAAAGCGCUGGCCUUCAUCCGCGAUGAAAAUGAGCUGGCCACAAAACAGUCUGCUCUCUAUCAAAUCUACAUCAAUGAGUGCUCCGACAACGUCACCGUAACCGACGAGGCCGUUCAGCAACUCCAACAGCAGCUCGAUGACGAGCUGGAAAAGCACAAAGGCAAUCAAGAGGGGAUUAAGCGCCUGCAAAAACAACACAGCGCAACAUCCAAGGAGUACGAGCGUAUGGCUGAAGGCACUCAAUCCGUUCUCAAAGAGAUGGCAAAGCUCGAUAAGGAAACCGUCAAGCACGCAGAGAAGAAGAAAUUUCUCGCCAACAAGGCUAAGAAGCUUGAAAAAACGGCAGAAGACAGCAGAUUCGCCAUCUCUGGAGCUACCACACAAUCCACUCAAGCCGAGGACGACAUCAACAGGAAUGCACAAUCGAUAGCUGAGUUAGAAGCAGAGAUGCAGCAAGAGGAGGCGCGAUUGACUCAAAUCCGUGAAAGUCUCAAAGGCAAAACUCAAGGCAUCUCAGACGAAAUCGCAGCCAAGCAAAAGACUCUGGAGCCCUGGCAAGCCAAGGUCAACGAGAAGCAGUCUUCUAUCUCGGUCGCAAAGAGCGAGCUCGAUAUUCUCCGCGAGCGAGGAAAUGCCGGAGCAAAUGCUAUUCAGGAUAUUGAAUCAAAGAUCACGACACUCUUUGAGACCCGUGAAGCUAAAGCAGUCGAGUACAAUGAAUGCAAACGAGAAAGAAGAGCGGUGGAGGAGUCUGUGCAAGAAGCGCAGACUGAUAUUGAUAAUCUCGCUUCGAAAGAGCCCGCCUUGCGUUCGAAUCUCUCAGAUGCCAGACAAAAAGCCGAUGAGGCAAGAGCAAGCUUAGCUGCCACACAGACCCAAGGAAACGUCCUCACUGGUCUCAUGCGCCUAAAGGAGUCGGGCAGAAUCGAUGGAUUUCAUGGACGCCUGGGUAAUCUUGGUGCUAUUGACGCGAGAUUUGAUGUCGCAAUCUCUACUGCGUGCCCUUCCCUCGACAAUCUGGUUGUCGACUCUGUUGAGGUCGGUCAACAGUGUAUCGAGUACCUUCGCAAGAACGACUUGGGCCGUGCCAACUUCAUUUUGCUUGAUCGCUUGCCGCAGCGAGAUCUGUCGAUGAUACAAACACCAGAGAAUGUGCCUCGACUCUACGAUCUUGUCAAGCCAAAGCACGAUCGGUACAGACCCGCUUUCUACAGUGUACUCCAAAACACACUGGUUGCCAAGGAUCUUGAGCAGGCGAACCGCAUCGCUUAUGGCGCAAAGCGUUGGAGAGUUGUCACUCUUGACGGCCAACUGAUCGACAAGUCAGGCACCAUGAGCGGUGGUGGUACGAGGGUCGCCAGGGGUGCUAUGUCUUCCAAGGUCGUGGCAGAUGUGACUAAGGAUCAGGUCGCCAAAUUGGAGGUCAAUCGUGACACACUGGAGGAAACCUUUGGACAAUUCCAGAAGAGAGUUCAGCAACUAGAGGCUCAUCUCAAGCAACUGCAAGACCGAGUACCACAACUCGAUACUCAAGCUCGGAAGUUGAAAAUGGAGGUUGAGAGCUUAGAUCGUAACAUUGCCGACGCCGAAAAACGACUUGAAGAGCUCCAGUCAGAGAGUGAACCCUCGCAGUCAGACAGCAAGCGCAUCUCUGAGCUCGAGAAGACUAUCAAGACUCUAGAGAAGGAGACCGAGAAGCUACAAUCGGAGACCGCUGGCAUUGAGGAGGAGAUCAAAGCACUCCAAGACAAGAUUAUGGAAGUCGGAGGCGUGCAGCUUCGCACACAGAAGGCCAAAGUCGACGGGCUCAAGGAACAGAUAGAUCAUCGCACCGAGGAGAUGUCCAAUGCGGAAAUCAACAAGGCCAAAGCUGACAAGCAGAAGACGAAACACGAAAAGACUUUCAACGAUGCGCAAUCUGAACUGGAGAAGGUAACAGCUGAUGCGGAGAAAGUCGAGGACGAAAUCAAAGAGCAGACUAGAAACACUGCAGAAUUCCGCAAAGAGGCAGAGGAAGCCCAAGAGGCCUUGGACACCAAGAAAGAAGAGCUCGAGACACUCAAGAGCGAGCUCGAUGCCCAAACAGCCAUCUUGAACGAAACGCGAGGAAUCGAGAUUGAAAUGCGCAACAAACUCGAAGAGAAUCAGAAGAUCAUGGCCGAAAACCAGAAGCGCCUCCGAUACUGGCAGGAGAAGCUGAACAAGCUCACUGUCCAGAACAUUGGGGACGAUGGCGAGGAGCUUGAGCCUCUGCCUAUGGCACAAUAUACCAAGGAUGAACUCGAGGAUAUGUCCAAGGAUGAACUCAAAGCUUCGAUAGCGCUUCUCGAAGAGUCAACGUCCCAAGCAGUUGAGCUUUCCGUUUUGGCCGAAUACCGUCGACGUGUAUCUGAACAUACAUCACGCAUGUCUGAUCUCAACGAAGCCCUGGGUGGCCGCGACUCGGCAAAGAAACGCUUGGACGACCUCAGACGUAUGCGUCUCGAAGGUUUCAUGGAAGGCUUCUCCACUAUCUCCAUGCGACUCAAGGAGAUGUAUCAGAUGAUCACCAUGGGCGGUAACGCAGAGCUCGAACUCGUUGACAGUCUUGAUCCUUUCAGCGAGGGUAUCCUCUUCAGUGUCAUGCCGCCGAAGAAGAGUUGGAAGAACAUCAGCAACUUGUCUGGUGGAGAGAAGACGCUCAGCUCGCUAGCACUCGUGUUUGCUCUGCAUCACUACAAGCCGACUCCCCUCUACGUCAUGGACGAGAUUGACGCCGCUCUCGACUUCCGCAACGUUUCGAUUGUUGCCAGUUACAUCAAGGAGAGAACCAAAAACGCCCAGUUCAUUGUCAUCUCUCUGAGAAACAACAUGUUUGAGUUGGCUGCUAGAUUGGUUGGUGUUUACAAGGUGAACCAUAUGACGAAGAGUGUUACCAUUGAAAACAAAGACUACAUUCAAGCGGCAGCAGCAUGA